AUGUCCGAGAAUGAAUCAAGCCUGUCAAUCAAGCGAUCUCAAUCCAAGAUCAAACCAGAGACCGAAAUUAAGCCCUCACCUGUCACUAAAGUCGACGAGACCGUUUCGCCGGGUGAAGAACCGACGUCUCGUUCGGAGAAAUCAUUAUCGGAGGACCGGAGGAAGUCGAUCAAGGAAGCAUCAAGGAAGACAAUCCGCGAGGGCGGAUUUUCCGAACGGGAGUAUUCCGAGAACGAAAGCGCUAAAGGAAGGCCCGAUAGGCGAUCAACCUCAGCUUCCGUAAAACGGAAGAAAAGCUCGAAACUGGAUGUGGAUCCGAAGCGUGCCUCUCAGACUUCCGGCAGCUCGAACAGGAGACGAAGUUCCUCUAGUAAAACCUCCUCGACUUCGGACGCUGCGCGGUUUACCGAUCCGAAGAAGAAGGAGGAACGAGUCGCUGAUAAAUUGGAAGGGAAAUCGGAAAAGACGAUUACCGAGACACCGGAAAGCAGCGUUCGGUCCGCGAUGUCGACUCGCGAAUCUGGAAGCGGAAAGGUGUCUGCAUUCCUCGAGUGCAAUUCCGGAAAGUGUUUCGAGAGGCCGACUAGUCCACCGAAUCCUUACAACAGAUUCAAGUACCCUAAGAUGAUCGCGCAGUGGCCUCUUCCUGACCACGAAGAACCCAGAGUCGGGGUUGUUAACAGCGUCGCUUCAUUGGAGUGCGGCUUUUUCCCUAAAUCCCCGCUCGACCAUUGUUCUUGCUGUCCGAACGACAAGGACCCUCAUGAUUGCUGUGCCAAGAUGAUACGCACCGAGAAAGGAUGCUGCGUUACCGAGUGGAUGAGGAAGGAAUUUUACUACAAGAUCAAGUCGAAGGUCGAAAAGGCGAUUAUGAGGCAUAAAAUAUUUCUACUCCGAGGAGAGCUCCCAAAACUCCAGGAAGCGUUGGAGGAGAGAGGCUGGGUGCAAAAAUACGAAGCUACCAAAACCAGGACAGUUCCCUACGGAAGCGUCGCAAGCUUAGAUACGAAUUCCUUGGGCAAUCUCAGAGAAGCGGACGGCACUGUGAACGAGAAAGCGCUGAUUUUCCGUCUGCUGCGCCACCGGGCGCCAGAUUUCAUUUGGGAUUGUAGGAACAACUUCGUCGACUGGGAUUGCACUUUACGAAAUGACACGCUUCUCAACAGAUUUCAAAAAUCCUUUAUCUACACGUCCAAGCUCGGAAUGGCUCACCUUCUGCAAAGUGCGCACUGGUUUUCCGAGGACGGAGUGGCAACCGUCAACUAUCCGAGAAGCUACAACUUGACCCGCGAUGCGAACGCUUUCGUCGAGGACUUUAGGAGAACAGCGGCUGCGGGACUUCUGAAAUGGUUGGUCAGCGAGAUUCAGAACGGCCGGGAGGUCAUUGACCAGGGAAAGACGCCGGUCGCCGUAACGAGUCUCGACUUCGCGCUGAAAAAGUGCGAGGACUUCUUGGCCGUUGAGAGGAACGAGAAACUCGACGUCGGAGACGCAGUUGAUCCCAGUGGUGUUGAGUGGGAACAGUUUUUGAGCGAUUACGACAAGGUGUUGCACGGAAAAAAUGGCCUACGUAUCACAGCAUCGGAUCCUCAACGCGUACUCGAGUACUAUGUGAAAGCACUCGCUGUUCUGAAGAAUCUGAAGGAAGUCGAUCCGCAGUACGAACUCAGCGGAGCGAGGAAUAUCUGGAUCGUUAAACCCAGCGACCUCUGCUGUGGCACCGGUAUAAGCAUAUCGCACAAGCUCGAAGACAUCCUUCACAAGGUCAACAACAGGCCGAAGGAUUAUUACAUAGUGCAAAAGUAUAUAGAGCAUCCGUUGCUGGUUAAUCAAACAAAGUUUGACAUUCGGCAGUGGUACCUUGUGACCAACACCUUUCCACUGACGAUAUGGAUGUUCGACGAAGCGUUGCUGCGGUUCAGUUCGAAGCCAUUUACAUUCGAGAACUACCACGAGGCGAUUCACAUCUGUAACACGGCCGUCCAAGAGAAAUACAUCGACAGGCGAAAGAAAAGAUGUAAAAUUGAUAAGACGGAUGAUUUAGAGGAGUCUUUUCCCGAUGAGAAUUGGAAUUGCGAGAGGCUGAACGAUUACUUAAAGAACGUUGGCCACAAUGGGGAGCCUUACUUCGACACGAUAUAUCCCAAAAUGACCGAGGCUAUUGUCUUGACGAUGCUCGCUUCUCAGGAAUACAUGGACAAACGAAGGUGCAGCUUUGAGCUUUACGGGGCUGAUUUUAUGGUCACGGAAGAUCUGGUCGUUUGGCUUAUUGAGAUAAAUACCAACCCUCGAAUGCAUCCGCCUGGCCUCAAGAUAACCGAGCGUCUAUAUCCGGCUGUGCUGGAAAGCUUGGUCAAAGUGGUGUUCGAUUUGCCGCUGAAUCCCAGCGCGGAUACGGGCGGUUUCACCCUCGCUUACAAGCAGAACAUAUCGGAGUUCCAGCCGUACCUCGGCUCGUGUAUGUUCGUCUUUGGGAAAGCGAUGAAUCUGCAGGACACGCCCUUCUCGAAGGAGGAAGAGAAAAAGUCCCGAGGGAAGAAGUCCUGUAACCCCUGGGGAAAACAGCAUCGAGCCUGGACCGCGCCUCCGUCGAUGCCGCGUGCCCGCGACCCUGGUGUCGUGGAUUUAAUCGACUUUUUGAAAUCCACCCGUGGAACUAUCCGCUGA